CUACUACUGUAUAAACUUCACUUGGUUAUACAAAGCAACAUUAUAUAUAUUUUUGAAAAGGUAAGUUGGUGUCAGUACGCUUAAAUCAGUUGUUUGUUUUGUACAUGAAACAUAUUAACACUAACGAAAUGCGAUAUUUGCAUGUAUUCUAUGUUCAGAAUAUGUCUUAUGCGGUCGUUGGAUUUACCGAUGAGGAGGAUACCGUUGAAAUUGUUUGCGCUGGUUGGCUUGUGCACGGAAAUCAGAGGAAAUUUUUGUCAGUUAUUGGCGGAUAUAGCCUAGGUGACACUGUUCGUCGAAUGAUGAAGGUGGUUGGGUCUUACAGUUUGUGGUCAGAAUUCAGUUACAAAGGAAGGAAGGGGAAGAAACCAUUUUGUGCAACCACAUGUUCAAAAGUCAUUUUAAGAAGUUGCCUUACUGAGAAAAAAGAAAAAACCAUCAAGGAUGUUGAAAAAGAAAUUCAAGAGUUUUUAAAGCAUGCACCUUAUAAACCUGGAGGGCCUUGUUACAAAGAAAAAGUAUUGGAUAUGAGCAGCAGUUCGUUAGACACCCUUCCUUUAUUUUCAUCUGAAUCUGAGUCUGAGGACUAA